UUACUAGAUAGCGUAAAUACGAUAAUAUUGAUAUCAGUUCAGAUGUUUCAAUAAUCUAAUAACAGAACUUAUGAUAGCCAGUAAUUAUUAAUAUUGGUCAGUGUAUUUACGUUAAGAAAUUUAAUAAAAAUCUAACUAAAUUAAGAACAUUAUGUGAAGUAAAUAUUGAAAAAUGAAUGUUUUAUUAAGAUUUGCAGCCAUUUAAUUUUAAAUUUCCCAAGUAAUUUUAAAACUUGUAUAUUUAUAAAAAAAUCAUACAAUAAUAUGUCAGCAACUAUUGAUCAAACCACUGGUUCACCAUUUAACCCUGCUAAAUUACAUUCAUCUAUAAAAAUCCCGUUUCCUAAAUCAUCCAUAGAAAAUGAAUAUUUUGUGUACCAUCAAGGUGAUCUUUUCACUCAAAGUUUUUCAGCUAUUGAAGGUAUAAGACGGAUGGGUAAAUUGUGUGACGUCACUUUAAAAGUAGAAAAUAUGUCAUUUAGUGCACAUCGCAUAGUAUUAGCAGCAGCUGUUCCAUAUUUUAAUGCUAUGUUCACUCAUGAUAUGAUUGAGAGCACACAAAAAGAAAUUGUUAUGCGAGGAAUUGAUCCCGAAGCAUUAGAAACACUUAUAAAUUUUGCUUAUAGUGGCAGAAUAUCAAUUAAUGUCAAUAAUGUGCAGUCUCUUUUAAUAGGAGCAUCAUUUCUGCAACUUAAAUGGGUGCGUAAUGCUUGUGCUACAUUCAUCAAAGAAAGACUUCACCCAAACAAUGUUUUAAAAGUGCGAACAUUAGCUGACUCAUUAGGAUGUUAUAGUCUUAUAACUGAUGCUAAUCGAUAUGUGGCUCAAUAUUUUCCUGAUAUUUCAUUAUCUGAAGAUUUUCUUAGUCUAAGUAUUUCUGAAGUAAUUGACAUAGUUAAUAAAGAUGAAAUUCAAGCAUCGGAAGAACAAGUAUUUGAAGCAACAAUGAGAUGGGUAAAACAAGACGAUCAAAGACAAGAAAGUUUUCCUCAGUUAUUAGCUGCUGUAAGGUUACCUUUACUUUCUCCGCAUUAUUUAGCAGAUCGUGUUGCUACAGAAGAAUUAAUAAGAUCUUCUCAUGAAUGCCGAGAUUUACUAGAUGAAGCGAAAGAUUAUCAUUUAAUGCCUGAACGGCGAUUACUUUUACAAAGUUUUCGUACAAGACCCCGAUGUGUAAGCUAUAUCUUAGGACAUAUCUAUGCAGUUGGAGGGCUUACAAAAUCAGGCGAUUCUUUAAGUACUGUAGAAGUAUACAAUCCAUUGACUCAACGAUGGGAGAUUGCUGAAGCUAUGAGUAUUUUACGUAGUAGAGUUGGAGUAGCUGUACUAAAUAAUAAGCUUUAUGCAUUUGGUGGUUACAAUGGCAUUGAGAGAUUAUCUUCAGUUGAAGUAUUUGAUCCCAUUUCUAAAAUUUGGAAUAUUGUAUCACCAAUGCAUCGGAGACGAAGUGCACUUGGAGCAGCAGCAUUAAAUGAUAGGAUAUAUGUAUGUGGAGGCUUUGAUGGUGUUAGCUCUUUAAAUAUUGUUGAAUGUUACCAGCCUGAUUUAGACCGAUGGACAAUCAUAACACCAAUGCUAAAACAUAGAAGUGCUGGUGGUGUUGUUACAUUUGAUGGUUAUAUCUAUAUUUUAGGUGGCCACGAUGGUCUUAGUAUUUUUGAUUCAGUUGAAAGGUAUGAUACCUACACAGGACAAUGGUCAUCAGUGACACCUAUGUUGAUUAAACGUUGUAGAUUAGGUGUAGCAACUUUAAAUGGUAAACUUUAUGCGUGUGGUGGAUAUGAUGGUUCAACAUUUUUACAAACUGUUGAAGAGUAUGAUCCCCAAACUGAUAAGUGGAGGUUUAUAUCUCCAAUGAAUGUUACAAGAAGCCGUGUUGCUUUGGUAGCCAAUGCUGGUAAACUUUGGGCAAUUGGUGGCUAUGAUGGAUUUUUGAAUUUACCAACAGUUGAAGUAUAUGAUCCAAAAACUGAUUGUUGGACUUUUUCAGCCUCUAUGUGUGCACAUGAAGGUGGUGUGGGUGUAGGUGUUAUACCUAUUCAAGAACCUGAAGUUCCAUAAAAAUAAGGAUACCAAAAUAUUUAUAUUUUCGUGAUAUUAAAUAUCAUUCUUUCAUUAAAGAUACAAAAGAGUUUUGUUGAUCUUUUGAUUGAUUGACAUACAUGGGCCUCUCAUUUUUUAACAAUUGAGAUUUUUAAUGGUUGUCAGUUUCUUGUUUACCAAGACUUAAUGAGCAAAUAGUUUUUCCUGAAAUUAAAUUAAUAUUAUUUUUUAUGAAUUACAUACAAAACAAAUUACUCCAUAUAGAUUUAGAUAGAGGAAUCCCUAUCAUAUGAGACCAACUUUGAUUAAGUUAAUCUAUGUCAAUGGAAAUUCUAUUAAGGUUUGGAAUAUAAUUUGUAUCUAUUUAUAUACUUAUAAUAAUUUCAGUAAACUUUAAAAUAUUGGUUGAUUGAAUUGUUUGAUUUUUAAUUCAAUAGGAGUAUGCAUUGUAUUUCUUUCAACAAUUGGAGAAAGUUUUUAGUAGUUUUGAUUAAAAGAGAGGAUACAUAGACUAUUCCUUUUCUUGAAGUAAUCUUUAACUUAAAAUUAAAUAAUAUAAAGUCUGUAAAAAUCUUCAAUAAAUACUUUUUAGGAUUUUCUAAAAUAUUUAUCGAUUUGUAUUGCUGCUCAUUUGGUUCUUAAAGAUGUAUUAAUUUUAUAAAACUUUAUGCAAUUAAAACUCAUUGUUACAUAUUUGUUAUUUACAUUGUCUGUUUGAAGGCUAGUUUU